AUGGGCUCACCUGUCCAGAAUCAGGCAUUGGCCAGGCAGUACAUGCAGAUGCUGCCCAAGGAGAAGCAGCCAGUGGCAGGCUCAGAGGGGGCACAGUACCGGAAGAAGCAGCUGGCCAAACAGCUCCCUGUCCACGACCAGGACAAGUGCCACGAGUUGUCUCCCAAAGAAGUGAAGGAGAUGGAGCAGUUUGUGAAGAAAUACAAGAGUGAGGCUCUGGGAGUAGGAGAUGUCAAACUUCCCCAUGAGAUGGAUGCUCAAGCCUCCAACAGAAUGUACAUCCCUGGUGGAGACAGAAACACCACAGCAGCGGUGGGGACCGGGGAGGACAAAUCAGCCGAACACAAAAGAACUCAGUAUUCCUGCUACUGCUGAAAACUGAGUAUGAAGGAAGGUGACCCAGCCAUCUAUGCUGAAAGGGCUGGCUACGAUAUACUAUGGCACCCAGCUUGUUUCAUGUGCAGUACCUGCCAUGAGCUCCUGGUCGACAUGAUUUAUUUCUGGAAGAAUGGGAAGCUAUACUGUGGCAGACAUUACUGUGACAGUGAAAAACCCCGAUGUGCUGGCUGUGAUGAGCUGAUAUUCAGCAAUGAGUAUACCCAGGCAGAAAACCAAAAUUGGCAUCUGAAACACUUCUGCUGCUUUGACUGCGACAACAUCCUAGCUGGGGAAAUAUAUGUGAUGGUCAGUGACAAGCCCGUGUGCAAGCCCUGCUAUGUGAAGAAUCAUGCUGUGGUAUGUCAAGGAUGCCAUAAUGCCAUUGAUCCUGAAGUGCAGCGGGUGACCUACAACAAUUUCAGCUGGCAUGCAUCCACAGAGUGUUUCCUGUGUUCCUGCUGCAGCAAGUGUCUCAUUGGGCAGAGGUUCAUGCCAGUAGAAGGCAUGGUUUUCUGUUCAGUGGAGUGUAAGAAGAUGAUGUCUUAAGAGGAGAGCACCGAUCAGUAUUGAGCCAUAGCUAU